AUGCUGCAAACUGCAACUUUGGUCACGUUCUUCGGACAUUCUGCUACAAUGUCGCCUGUCAAUCUAGCCGUACUCCAAAUAGCAGCUUGUAGUACGAUGAUCACAAUCAUAUAUCAGGAUGCGUUCAGGCUUCAGGACUGGCUGAACGUUGUUCUCUCCUGGCUGCUCUUCAUCAUCUAUUUCCUGCAGAAAAAUAUCAAUACGAAUUCAAGUCUUCCCAAAAGCCCGCAAAUAGCUCAUGCACAUUUCACCCGGAUCUUCCUCGGAUUCAUUCUCUACGCGGCUGUAUAUCGAGGCUCAUUGACAUUUGAGGAAUACUUGACGCCUAGGCCCAUGAUGCUCCCAUACUCCGGUAUUCGCAGCUCUAUCGGAUCUCACAAUGCUAGCACCUUCUCAGUCAAUCUGUCAAAUACGUUGAUGGGAACUAGAGACGACUAUCUCGGAAAACGAAAGUCAUAUGACGCUGUCGUCAACUGGAAGCGGUUGAUGAAUGUAUGUACAGAUACCUUGGACGGGCUUGGGAUCGAGGAUAUCGUAAAUUGUCUUCACUAUCUUUCUCAUGAAGAAAACGACUAUUUCAUUUAUUCAAACACUUCGCAAACACAGAGACUGUAUGACGGAAGCCAAGACGAGGAGACGCCCAUCAACGCAAUCCGUAAGGAUCCAGUGUUCAGUCGGGCUCAAGAUCCCUUCAUUUCAGCCUCACGUUCUUGUCCCGGACAAGUCUUCAAGUUUCACACCUAUUGGACUGGGCAAGCUACAUGGCGAUUCGAGCUCUUCAUUAAGGGCUAUUUAUAUACCCAGCAUCUUGCUUGUUCUCGUCUAUGGAUUUGGCUUGACACAGACAUCGCACCUGAUUCUAUCGACCGCAUGCUCCAUCAUGACGCUUUGUUCCAGCGAUUUGAGACAUUGAUUCAUCAUGGCUACAUGGUCUUGAAGCCAUGGUCUAUACCAGCACGUAUUCCGAUCGCUGGAAGUGGCAGCAGUAACGAGGUCGACUCAACCGGCGUCGUUCGUGAAGAAUCUGGCCAAGUCUAUCUCAUCCCAAAUCCCAUCUAUAAACGUGUCUCGACCCCAACUCAGAUAUCCGACUUUGUCCGCUUCGUGGUCCUUCAUCUCCACGGAGGCGUCUACCUAGACAUGGACGUCCUUCUCCUACGCGACCUUCGCCCCCUCCUUCUUCCGGAUCCAACCGGCUCGGAGCUCGAUACGCAAGCAGCAUGGGCAGAGCAAUGGGUCGAGCGUGCAGAAAGCCCGGGCGACUAUAAUACCGCCGUGCUCGCCCUCCCAGCCAACUCCCCACUCUCAUCUUAUCUUCUCCGCGGUGGCCUGCGUAUGGGUAUGAAUUAUCACCCAAGGGUGUUGGGAAAUAUGCUGUGGAGGGACAGGAAGAAUGGGGAGCUGCCUAUGCUGCACAAUGCAGUCUUUGAUCCGCUGGUGACAAAUUUGAGGCGGAAGAGUACGGAUGUCUGUACAGUCCCGUGUCACAAAAACUUCAAAUCGGUAUUUCUCAAGGUCGUGGAGGAAGCAGGGAGAGAGUGGACUAAUUACAGCGGGGGUCAUAAUGGCAUCAACACGACCCCGAGCGUGCAUCCAGAGGCGAUAGAUAUAGAAAGUUGGCCUCUAAGCACCAACAGAUCACUAGAGCAUUUCUUCCGCGGCGCGUUUGCUUAUCACAUACACAAUCAGUGGAAGGCUUACCCUGAGCCAAACUCCUGGAUGGAUGUCAUUACACGAGCCCAAGAUGGGUUCUUCGCCGGCCAGCGAACGAAUGUUUAUGGGGAGCAAUGGAGAGGCCCUCCUUUGGAGAGCUAUGAUCGCUCGAAAUGGGGAUGGCUAUGA